AUGCACUUUACACCCUCCAUCGCACGGUCUGUUCUCAAUAUUGUCGAGCGGUCUCCCAACCCCAUAUUUCAAAAGAAGUGCCGACGGAUCCUCAAGCGCUUCCGCAGUCGAAUGCAGAGCAUCACCGCGGCUCGGAUUGAGACACUCCAUCGUCUCCUAGAAUCGUGCGGUGUUGAAGAUAUAGUACCUCCCCCUGAUCUUCCUGAAGACUACGGCAGCGCCGAAGCUAUCUGCCAGGCGAUGGGAAGGCUCUUUGCCCAAACCAUCCGCCCUACUCGCUUCAAAUGUACUAUAUCUGGUUUCGGUGCUGCGGACAAACCGGACGACGCAUUCUCGUUAAUUCAGAGUCCCUCGGCUCAUCUAGGGGCAGCGCUGUCUGAUGCAGAUCCCCCCGGGCUCCUUUGGGACGCCGCUGAUUCCGACUCUCCUCGUGCUUUUGCUUCCCCAGGUGGAUGUGAUUCUGAAGACCUUUGGCCCGACGAAGAACUUAAGCUGUUGUCUGCUUCGCAAGAUAACGUCUGCCACGAGGAUACCAUGCUUGAACAUGCGGAUGCGAGUGAAGCUGUAGCGCGUCAUGGGUGCUUCGACGAUGAUGGCAUGCUUUGGGAAGAAGAUAUGGAGUCUCCUGUGUCCUCGCAGGAUUCUAGUCAUGAUUCCCAAGGAGGGUGGUUGUCCGACGUUCUUCUCAGUCCCCGCCCGCAUGCAACUGGGACUGUUUCAGAUGUUCUCUGUUCUCCCGCGCUAGACAUCGCAUUCAUAAAGGACUGGCUUCCAGAAGAGUCGCCCGUAGAGCGCAACGAGUCGCCCAACAUCUGGCAGGAAGACUGGAUGGAAUACGAUCUGGUUUCUGGUCAGCUUCCGGUGUACUCGCCCUCUUAUGCCUCAGAAGUCGUAGGAACAAAGGCACCCCCCAUGUCUCUCACUUCUCUGGUACCUUCGGAUCUUGCGCCUCCUUCACGCGUAGUUUCGGAGCCUGGAUAUGCCUUUGAAGACCUUGAUGUCCAAGAAGAGCGAGACGGGGCGGAACCCGGGACGACUUACCUUGGUUUGAGGGAUCUCGAAGACGAAUUCGACCUCGGCAGUUCUGGAAUGCACCUGGUUCGGCGACAUAAUGCUUUUCCUGGCAGCCCCUCGACCUCCGUUCCUUUGUUAUGUGCCCCGGAUGACCUUCCAAAUGUAGACCCUGACGUCGUUCUCAACUUUGAUGAUGGAUGGGUACCGGUGUUGUCUGCGUAA